AUGGACAAUGCUCAAUCGCUCAUCGCUCCUGGUCACACCGAAAAGCACGCCGAUCUCUGCGCCCGCCUUCGUCAGAGGCAGGUUGCCGAAGUCGUCCAGGUCUCAGAUCGUGGCUCUGCUGUGCAGAACUGGCUCACAGCCCUCAUCUCGGACCUCUCUUAUUACCUCUUCACGUGGCUGCCCAGAACCUGGUGGGUCACCCUGACCAGCUUGCCACAGCUUCUGUUGGACCCUAUCGGCUUCUGGACCGCCCUUGUUUUCGCCUCUGUCACUACUGUUGUUCUCUUUGCCACUCUGAUCUUCAGUGCCAGCUGGCGGCUCUCCUUCUUUCAGGUACGAUGGCAAGCCAUAUCGGCCAUAGCAGAUGUUGGCCUCGGCAACUUCGCGUAUCCUCUUAUCUUCGAGUUUGACGCCGAUCCUCAGAAUGAACUCAUUCGCAAUGCUGCCUUCAAGGCCAUGUCGCAUCCCGAUGGUGCGGACGCCAAACCCUCCUCAGCCGAGGAGCGCAACUUUGACCUGGAGAUCUCUAAGAUUCUCAUGAUGAUCUCUGCUCUAGUAUACGAGCGCAAUGUCGGUGCGUAUCACAAAGCUGCCCGAGUCGCUCAGCGAGUCAAGCAUCAGAAGAAGCAGGUUACCUGUGGCCGGGACGCCCUCACCCAGGCUGGAAGCGAAAUUGGUAACCAUCUCGGUCUUGCCGAUAGCAAGAUCCGACGCGUUGCCAACGAAUGGGGGCUCAACUACGCCAGCAUAUCGGAACUUGCCACCAACACGUCCCCGCUCUGCGGUGCCUUCUGGCAUCCUGACCACAAUUUCAUCAUACUCGCGUUCAAGGGCACCAAUCCGGUUGAGUUCAAGGAGUGGGCCAUCGAUUUCACCUUUGACUACACCGACGGCCGUGCUUGGCUCCCUGGCUUUUCCAAAGUCCAUGCCGGCUUCUACAACCAGCUCUUCCCGCAAGAUCUCAACCACGCUACAGGCGCUUUUCCCUACACCGAGAUCCGCACUGCCAUCAGCCAGAUCGCCGAAGAGAUUCGCAUCACCUCCACCUCCCACUGCGACCACGUCAACCUGUUCGUCACCGGCCACAGUCUCGGAGCAGGUCUUGCGAGCCUGUUCUACGCGCGUGCUAUCGCUUCGCCGAAGGAUUUCGGCAAGACUGAGGAAGGAUGCGAUCGGAUUCGCGUGCGCGAUGCGUACUGCUUUGGAACUCCCAUCGUCGGCGACCCCGACUGCGUUUCGGCCUUCAACCAGGUCUGCCACGAACGAGACCUCGACCGUCCGCAGGCGCUUUGGCGAGUCACCAGCCGUCGUGAUGCUGUGGCUACGCUGCUACCGGAUGCCGGCGACAACCAUAUGCUGCGUCACAUUAGUCCUUUGAGUCAGCUUCACUUUGCACACAUCGGUCAGGAAGUCCAGCUUAGCAACAAUAUCAACAAGGUCUACACGGGUCCUGGCACGUUGCUUCCGACACAGACCCCGGUCUACGUGGUCACGCACUUGGAUGGAGACGGUGAGGGGCCCAAUGUGUCGCUGCCUCUUAUCUAUCAGCUGCUCGAAUACGUUCCAGUCGUACGUCGCUUGGUCGCGCAUGUUCCAUCGUCCUACUGGGAUAGGCUCACCAAGGUGCACGCCGGAGGACCGAUCGAAUACGCCCGUACCCAUUGA